CAAGAGGCCACGGCAAGAGGUCGAAAAGCAGAGGGGGGGUUGGAAUUUGGAGGUGGACGCACGCGGAGCUUGGCGUCCAUCAGAUUGGACCGACCCGCUCGCCAUCCUCCCCGGCCGGCUAGUCUACGGCUUGGAACUUGGACCCUCCCGUCCCUUCCAUCCCCCCCGGCCAGCAAGCGCCGCGAAUCUCCCGUUCAGAUCCCUCGCCCCACCUCCCCGCCCCCGCGAUCGGAUUCCGGAACACUGUAGCACAAGACUCAUUUUACUGUUCCGAUUUGAGUACUGCAGAGCAUCCGGUGCCCCCGCGAUCCGAUCCUUCGUCUCCUCCUCCCGUGUGUCGCGCGGCAUCAACCCGUCGGGUGCUCGAGUCUCUGCGGAUUCUCGCGUGCUUGCGAGUCAACCUGGACUCCCCUCCGGUCAGGAUUGCUGGCUCUGCCUGCCGCUGACCCAGGAGGAGGAGGAGGAGGAGGAGGGAAGAGCGCGCGGCAGCCGGCGAUGGACGCCGGAGGAGGGGUGCGGGCGCAGGGGGUCAACCCGGACUGCCCCAACGCCGCCAACCCCUUCCACCGCUGCGCCGAGUACUGCCCCGUCCCGGCCCCCAGAGCCGCCGCGCCCAAGCCGUCCCCGCCUCGUCCCCGCCCGGCGCAGAACGGGACCGGGCAUGGGGACGGCGCGAGGCGGGUGGUUCCCGCUGCCGCCGACGACUCGGAGGCCGGAGCGGAGCGGGCGGUGAACCCGGUCUUCCCCGUCCCGGCCCCACGAGCGGCGGCCAAGUCGCCCCCGCCGCCGCCUCCGCCUCCGCCGGGGCCGGGCCACGCGGCGCAGAACGGGACCGCGCACCGCGACGAGGAGGAAUGUGAGAUUACGGCCGCCGACGAUUCGGAGGAGGAAGGCGAGCGCAUCGAAGAGUCUCCGCAUGUUGGCGGGCCGAGGAGGAGCCCGCGGCCGCCGGCGAAGGACGAGGAGGCUGCACGAGAUGGGCAGCGGCAGGCGGUCAACCCGGACUGCCCCAACGCCGCCAACCCUUUCCACCGUUGCGCCCAGUACUGCCCCGUCCCGGCACCCAGAGCCGCGGCCAUGCAUCCACCGCCGCCACGGGGAGACGAGGGGAGCACGCGCAGUGACCCUGGCGACGUGCACCCCAGGCCGCGCCGCCGCGACAAGGGCGGUGGCUCCGGGGGCCUCCCCUUCUACGUCUUUCUGCGCGAAGGUUCCGAUGCAGACGGCAAGAAGGUGGAUCCUCGCUGCCCCAACGCGGCCAACCCAUUCCACGUCUGCACCGACCAUUGCCUUGCCAAGAUGGCUGAGGCCGGACGCUCGUCGGAGGGUGGCAAGUCGCCCUUAUCCAUCUUUUCUCGCCACUCACGCCGUUCCUCGUCCUCCUCCGAAGAGGGUAGUGCGAAGUCAGCUGGAAGUAGGAAGGUGGAUUCAAAGUGUCCCAACGCCGGCAAUCCGUUCCAUGAAUGUGGUGAGCAUUGUGCCGCCAAGAUGCAGCAAGUGGAGCAGCACAAGGGGACCAAAAUGCAGUCCCCACGAAAGAAAGGUGGAAAGAAUGUUGCGUUGGUUCAGAAUUGGAAGGUUGAUCCGAGGUGCCCUCACGCGUCUAAUCCAUUCCAUAUGUGUGCCCAAUAUUGCUUUGAUCAUUUGAAUGAAACAGCGCAGACAAGUGCAACCAAGUCAGUUUAUUUUUCAGAUAAGAAAAAAGGCAAGGCUGUUUCUAAAGAAGUGAAAAGAGAAAUCAAUCCAGGUUGUACCAACGCAUCCAACCCCUACCACGAGUGUGGUGAACACUGUACGAGAAAGGGUGAUAGGUAGAUGGGGAAGGCUGUCGAGACAAGGCUUCGGAUAAUUGAUGAUGGUGAAAAAUAAGUUAAUCCCAUUUACAAUAGACUUUGAGUAGAGGCUGUGUUUCUCACGGCUCCAUUUUGUAGAGUGGCUGCAGCUGUUUCAAUCUUCGCAGUGUGCUUCCAUAUAUAUUUUUUCAUUGUGCCAUUUACACCCUCGCACGCAUAUAUAGGACCCCCAUGUAAUGUAUUUCCUGAAGGUUGUACAAAUAGAAGCAUCCUAUUUGUUCCCCUUUUUUUUGCACUAUAAAGCAAGCAGGUUUUCCAUCCCA